AUGUCCUCGAGCAGUGAAAGGGAUGGCUAUCGGUACGCGUUGGAAGUCGUGCAGCAGCCACAGCGCGCCAGAAUGUGUGGCUUCGGCGACAAGGAUCGCAGACCGAUCACGCCUCCUCCUUGUGUUCGUUUGGUCAUUACCGGAAUCGAUGGCAAAGAAGUCAAUCCAGAGGACAUUGGGACAGAUGCGAGCUUCUUCGUUCUCCAGGUCGAUCUGUGGGCGGAGACUGCCGACCGGGAGGCCAACGUCGUUCGCGCGAGCAGUAACAGUCCGGCCGUCAGCAUCAGCAACGGACACCCGAUAUAUGCGGCAGUACCUUCGUAUGCUGUUCCACUGCAAAGAACGGGCGUGUAUGGAGGUGGGGUGUACUAUCCAGGAAUGCCUGGGGCAGGAGCGCCGAUUGGAUACAUGCCACCAGCGCAGACGAACAAUGCGAUGUAUACGCGCAAUCUCAUAGGUAGUCUUACUGUGAAUGCCGCGAAAUUGGUUGAUAACGACAACAAGUCCGGAUAUUGGUUCGUGCUGCAGGACUUGAGUGUGCGGACGGAGGGCUUUUUCAGAUUACGUAUGAGCUUCAUCGACAUCAGCAACCGAGGCGCUCCGGGUGUAAAUCGUGGUACUGCCCCGGUACUUGCCUGGACCUUCUCGGACAAGUUCCAAGUGUACAGCGCAAAGAAGUUCCCCGGGGUGAUAGAGUCUACACCGCUGAGCAAAUGCUUCGCUCAGCAAGGUAUCAAGAUUCCAAUCAGGAAGGAUAACAAGAAUGAGGGCAAUGACGACGAUGAUGCGGAUUAGUCAAUAAGCGCGAAUGGACCUCAUCGAGGUGAUUGGUCUUUUGGAAACGGCCCUUUGAUGUGGGGUGCUGUGUAGGUGCAAUACCAAGCGCCGUGGGUGGGCGGAAGCGUCACUAUCGAAUGCGAGGGCGGUUGCUGGAUCUGCGAUUCUGAAGAACGACUCGCACCACAUGCCGAAUGUUGGGUCGUGAUGAGGGAGGCACGCGUCACUGGACGAUGAGGCGCUUUCGGAAAGGUCUUUGUGACGAAUGUGACGGCCGAGAAAAAAAACUUGGUCCCAGUCCAAGAUGUUCACGACAGGAAGAGAUGCGCAAUCAGCAUGAGCAUGAGCAUGCCAUCCAUGUGACUACUACUGCGGUGAUGGCGGGAACUUUUUUUUUCGACUGCAUACAGAAACGGAGGCAAAGCGUUUUUUGAUACUUGUUCUUGGGAGGCGUUAGUGAUUAUUACUACACUUUUGGAAAUGGAUAUGGGAAUGGAAUGGAAAGGGAAAUUCAUGUGAUUGUGAUGCUACGU